UGUUUUUGCAUACAUCAAGUUCUAUGAAAAUUGUUUGGUAGCGCCUUACGUAAUAAGCAUACUGCAACGCAUGUAAUAGGCCUAUAUAAAUUCCAGAAGGAUAGUUUUCUACCUUUGGAACUGUGGGUCCUGAAAUGUAGCGAUUAAUAUUUGUUGUCUAAAAUCCUAUGGAUUCCUCAUAUAGUACCCUUAAGUAAGGGACAGCUGUACGGAAUAGGUAAAUAAAGUACAUCACUCUGAAUAUCAGAGCUGUUGUAAAAAAUGCGUUUGCUAUACAGAAAACUUGUCGCUUGUUGAAUGGGUUUGUAAGUUAUAAAUGUAAUUUUAGGCUAGUGACAACGCUACGCACGUAGAAGUCUGCUUGCUACCAUGUUUGCCUGUCAUGUUUCAUGUGUAUUUUAUUAAUAUUUCACGUGUCAUCGGGUCCUUUAAUUACAGGUGACGCUGCAAUCGCGAUGUGUAUCUCGCGUGAUUUGAGAUUUUGGGGUCUGUCGCCGACAUUAUUGGGACAGCGCUGCGUGCCGCGAAAUUGAAAGUAUUCCUCGAUCCCCAUAACCUGAGCCGUACGCCUUUAUUGCCCAGAUGGUUAAAUUACCAGUGUUUCUAAGUAAAAUUUGAGCGGCUCCCGACUUAAACUCUUGUUUCGCUUUCUGCAGUGAAAAUCAUUGAACUAUAUAUUUUAUUAUAUUUUUAAGGAAGUGGAUUAAGUCGCAAAAAUGACUUUUUAAGUCUAUAACUGGACAUGAUGACGCAGGUGGGAGGAGGAGAACCCUGGAUCCUAAGGCUGCCACCCUGCUGUGGGAUUAGGGGGAAGAUGAGGAUGGACUUGAUUUGAACUGCAAAACGGCUUCUGUCUUGACCAAAAGCGAAGAAUACAAGCAAUGGAGGUCUUGUAACACCAGUGAUGUACUCAGCAAAGAGGCCCUGCACUCUGAAGCUUAAUCUUGCGUGAUGUAUGUGCUGAUGCAGUGUUUUAAGACAAGAAUUGUAAGAAUUUGAUAAAAGUCUGGACUACGAGAGCAUAAAGCUUCCUUUGGCCAUUAUUGCACAUUUUGAUUCUUGUGGAGCAUCUAGCUGCCAGUUUUGCAUGUAACCAGGGCCUGCACUGCACUCACUGGCCCCCACCCUGCCGCCUCCACAAUGGCACUGGGGCCCUGCUGUACAGACCUGAUGAAGCGGCGUGUGGAGCUGGUGGAGGGGUGGAGCCGCCACGUCGCCUUUCUCCUGGACCUCCUGUAUAAGUUGGGGGCCCUAACUGAGGAGGAUGUGGACUCAGUGCGAGGCGGCGGCUGCCGGGGCGAGCGGGAGCGCAUGCGGAGGCUGCUGGACGUCCUGCACGGGCGAGGGGAGGAGGCAUGUCGCGCUUUCCAGCAUGCACUGCAGCAGGUGUCCGCAGACCCUCAGCCGCCACCCAGUGACAGCAAUAGUUGUGGUCAGAGUCUUACCUUCCCUGAGCUGCAGGGGGCGAUGAGGAAGCAUAAGGAGAUCCUGGCAUUGGAGCACAGCCCCAUGGACUACCUCAGCAUCCGAGGAAGGGCGGCAGCCGAUGGGAGCAACUGCACUUUCAUUGAGACGACCCUCCUGCAGUCUGUGGGCUUCCUGGUCCCACCACGGUAUCAGCACGAGGCCACCGACGCUGGUGACGCCUUCCGCACGGUGGAGGUGCCGCCUGGAACUCAGGGUCCAACAUGCGGGUUCUCCACACUGUGUCAGAGUUUGCUCUUCGGCAGAGAUGAUGGGGUCAUUUUUCUGUGUGGAGUAGCUGGCAGCGGCAAGACGACGUUGGUGAGGCAACUGGUCCAUGAGUGGGUGGUCAGUGAGGAGACCCAGAAAGUGAUCAUCUCCCUGUCCUUCCGUGAGCUGAACCUGGUCAGUGAACCGCAGAGCUUACAGGAUCUGCUCUGUGUGCACUAUAGCCAUCUCCGGCCUGUACUUGCACACAUCCUUGCCUCCGAUCCUUCCAAGAUUCUUCUCAUCCUGGAUGGGCUUGACGAGUUCAGGAUCCCUCUUGACUUUGAUAGGACUCCCAAGUGCUCAGACCCUGAGCUCGCACAGUCCAUGGGCAGUAUGGUGGUGAACCUGAUCAAAGGGAACCUUCUGCCGGGCCGCUCUCUCCUACUCACCUCGCGCCCUUACGCUGUCACCAAGGUUCCCCUCCAGCUGGUAUCGGUGUUCUUCACCGUGUUGGGUUUCUCACCAGAACAGCAGCACCAGUACUUCUUGCGAACCUGCCAGACCGCCGAGGCUGCAGAUGUGAUCCAGCACUAUGUGUCCUCCCACAAGCCCCUCCUCCGCAUGUGUCACAUCCCGGCCUUCUGCUGGAUUGUAGCUACUGCCUUGCAAAACUUCAGUAAUGCACAGGAGUCCCUCCAGCAAAAGCUUGACGACAAGCAAGAGUCAGUCGCCUUGAAGACUCGUGUGGUCGUUGUUCCCCAGGGUCCAGGAAAGCCGACCACCAUCACUGAGAUCUACUGCUGCUUUCUGAAAGCCAUUAUAGUGUUCCACACAGAGGGCAGGGAGGCAAACCUAGGGGUGAACCGCCUUCAGGAGGCCCCUCAGGUGAUGCAGGGCAUGCGCUCGCUGCUGCGGGACCUGGGGGGCCUGGCCUUCCGGGGGCUGCUGGAGAGACGCUUCUUAUUCGAUAACUCUGACCUGGGAUCCCUGGCACUCGGCCACUGUGAGCUGUCUCGGGCCUUUCUGGUGGAGACGCUGCGAGAGGACCGGACCUCCCUCGUCUGUGAGAAGAGUUUCCACUUCAUCCACACCAGCCUGCAGGAGUUUCUGGCCGCACUCUAUUAUGUGCAGCAGUCCCUCUCGGGCAGAGACCCUUUCUCUGGCCAUAAACCAGGCCUCCUGGAGGUCAUGCGUAAGGCCCUGGAGGCUGGCAGAUACCGGCUGAUAGGACCAAGCUACCACAGGCACAUCAAGAAGGUUUUUUGCUGGAGUGAGAGCCACCAGUCUGGACACCUGGACCUCUUCUGCAGGUUCCUCUCUGGUCUCUUGGUUCCCAGCACCCGGCAGAUUUUAGAAGGGCUCUUCCCCCAGGAGCCUCAGAAGCUGCUCUCCGUCCCGGCCUGCCGAGCGGCUGGCCCCGUGCCCCCCGCUUCCGCCCCCCCCUUCUUCCUGAAGCUGCUCCGCUCCCAGCUGCAGCACCGAGAGCUGCGACCGGAGCGGCAGGUUAAUGCGUGUCACUGCCUGUAUGAGGCACUGGACCCGGGGCUGCCUCAGCGCCUGGAGCGCUGGCUGCGGCUGCUGGCACAGCAGGGAGAGCCGGCCCUGGAGCGGCAGCGGCAGCAGCAGGACUGGAGCGAGCUGGCCUUCCUGCUGGAGCUGAGCCCCGCCUUGCAGGACCUGAACCUAGAGGCGCAGGACCUGCGCGCAGACGGCCUCCGCAGGCUGCUGCCUGUGCUACACCUCUUCCACACCCUCAGGUUGGCGCAGAACCCCCUGGGCCCGGAGGGGGCUGCCGUCCUGUGUCUUGCAGUCAGAAACCCAGACUGUCGCAUUGAGAAGCUCUGGCUGGUGGCCACAGACCUAGGAUGCAACGGAGUGGAGAUUCUGUCUGAUGCAUUGAAAGAGAACCGCACAGUGGUUGACUUGAGGAUGGCCAUCAACAACAUCGGUGACAAAGGUGCCGGCCACUUGGCUGAGCUGCUGCGGCACAAUCACACGCUGAGGGACAUCAGGCUCCGUGACAACCAUGUGACAGACAAGGGUGCGGAGCUCCUGAUGGCCGCCCUGAAAGACAACAACACUCUGGAGUUCCUGUGGUUGUUUGACAAUAAGUUCUCCAAGGAUGGUGUUAGGAAACUGAAAGAAUUUGCCAAAAGCAGGUCAACGCUGGACAUCAAAGUGUGUGUCUGACCCCCCUGUCGGCCUGUGACUAGGCCAGCCACCUCCCUGCUUUACCCUCCCCUAACUGCUUUUAGGCAUUUUCAUGUUAUUCUGCUGGACUGUUUACAGGAAUUAACAAAUGUAAGUGUUAUUUUGUUACUGGCAGUUUAUAACAUAUACAGUGGUACCUCAGAACUCGAAUUUAAUCCGUUCAGAACUCCAGAUCGAAUCCUAAAAAGUUCAAGUUGUGAUCGAAUUUUCCCCAUAAGAAAUAAUGGAAAACCGAUUAAUUGGUU